AUGUUUCAGCGCAGGUCUCGCGCAGAUUUGGCCGGCAGCAUGAAGACCAUCUCUGGGUUCAAGCCCGUGGCUAACAUUUGGGUACCCACGUCACUACUGCUUGCCGAACGUUGCUGGAGAUGA